UUCCUCCUAAAAGUGUUGCACCAUGGUAAUCAUUUUUCCUGGUGGCUGUGAAGCUCACACGACAGCACAUCAAUGCGGGAUCCGGAUCCAGGAAAGCCUGACGCUCCGCUCCAGGUUUUAUCAGCGCCUUUUUUUAAAAACCACCUCUACUUUGGAGCAGUGAAAAAACACAGCAGCAUUAAGCAGCAGAUGACCCGGCGCAGCAGCGAGGAGCACAACAGUCCUCUCCAACAAAUGAAAGGAUGGGGGGCAUCAGCAGCAGCAGCUGAAUUCAGAAAAACUGGAUCAGGGGCGGAGGAGGGGAGAGAACUGCUUUCUGCUCACUCUUGGGUCACUUUUGUUGGAUUUACUCCCGGGUCCACACCAACAUGCCAUUUGCCAAACGAGUCGUGGAACCUCAGUUACUGUGCAGGUAUCAAAUCCCCAACGAGCAGGGUGUGCUUUUCGAGGAUCUGGUCUCCAUCAGUAAUGUGGCUCUGUCUCGGACCUUGCGGCAGCUGUCGGACCUGGCCAAACAUGCCUGCUCCAUAUUCCAGGAGCUGGAAAACGACCUCACAUCCACCAGCCAGCGGGUCAGCGGGCUGCAGAGUAAGAUUAACCAACUCCAGCAGACCUGCUCCGAGCUGGACCCCAAACAGGAGGCAGUGCCGGUGUCUAACCUGGAUGUGGAGAGUAAGCUGACGUCACACUACCAAGCUCCCUGGCACCAGCAGAGGAACGUUUUCCACCCCUCCACGCGGCCAGCAUGCGUAGAAGAGCUCCACAGGGAAGCCAGCUUCAGCCUGUGGGCCCUGCACCAAGAUCACCAGCAGAGACGAUCAGGCAGCAGGGAGCGCAGAGUCACCAUCUCGAUCUCGGCCGUGCCCCCGAUGCCCAUGUACCCCUCCCCAGACAUCAACCAGAGGCAACAGAAGAAAGGAACAAAUUUGACCACGUUUGACACCACCCGCUCCUCCUCCCCUACCGAAUGUUGCCGCUUCACUCCCUGGAGCAGAAAGGCUGCGUCCUCUGACCCCGACUCUGACGGGGUGGCUCUAGGUCACCGGUCUAAGUUUCCCAUCCCUAACAUCCCCUCCACCCUGGACAAGCAGACUAACUGGUCUAAAGCCCUGCCGCUGCCCACCCCAGAGGAAAGAAUGAAAAGCCAUUCCCAAGUGAUCACCUCAUGUGUCAUCCCCAUUAAUGUGACCGGGGUUGGCUUUGACAGAGAUGCUAGUGUGCGCUGCUCCCUCGUUCACUCGCAGUCUGUGCUUCAGAGGAGGAGGAAGCUGAGGAGACGGAGGACUGUUGCCGGCGUUCCCAGACAGGUGCAGCAAGAUUUAGACUCCGAUGACUCUCCUGGUUCCAGAGAACGGACCGUGAUAGUUCAUGCCAGCCUAGAUAUCACUCCUUCCAACGAGGAGCUGGCCAGCCAUCUCAGCACCAGAGACUCAGGUUGCCAGACAGAAGACUUUCUGAUCUCAGGAGCGCCGUCUCGGAGGAGGAUCAGGGCCCAGCGAGGCCAGGGAGCCCCGCUUUCCCUCUCCUACUCUGCAGGCAACAUCUCCUCCCUGCAGGACAGCUCUGACGCCAUGUUCACUGCUUCAGUGGGCGCACGCCUGCGCUCCCGCAGCCUGCCCCGAGACGGGAGCCGGAUGAUAGGCAACGGCCACAAUGACAGCGAUGAUGAGGAGGAGCUCUCCCCCUUUGACACGGAGGACUUCCUGCCUGGACCUGGGGAGCGGAUUCUGAAAGAUGAAGAAGAGAGCACGGAUGAUCAGGCCAUGUCCGGCCGCCAGCUGGUGAGCCUGAAGUACACGCAGCUGUCAGCGAGUCCGGAGCGCAGCUGGAUAGAGAGAACCCGAUCACAGCUGCCCAGGAAGGUCGACAUGGGCAGCUGUGACAUAUCAUCCAGUUCAGACACCUUCAGUAGCCCAGUACACUCAGUCUCAGCUGCAGGGGUGCUAGGAGGCCAGAUGGACCAUAAGGAGGAUCACCAGUCUUCUAGUGGAAACUGGAGCGGGAGCAGCUCCACCUGCCCUUCCCAGACCUCAGAAACAAUCCCCCCGGCAGCCUCUCCACCACUCACCGGCUCCUCACACUGUGACUCCGAGCUCUCCCUGAACGCUGCCACUCAUGCCAACGACGACCAGACUGGCUUCAUGCUGGACCACUACCAGGGCCUCAGGACCCAGCGGGCAGGCUCCUUCUCCUCCACAGCUAUGGACAUAUUAGAGGAAGUAGGGGUCAGCACUCCCGUUGAGGAGUGGAGCUACCCUCACCCGGACCCUCCUCGCCCACAAGACUUCAGCCCUGAGCCGAGCAGAGAGGCUGAGAGCAGCCUGGGCUGCCCCAGCUUCACCAGCAUGGCCACCUGUGAGAGCAGCUUCUCUGACAAGCCGCUGUCAGAGAAAGCAGACACCGUCUCACACUACUCUGUAGACACUGAAGGCUACUACACCUCCAUGCACUUUGACUGUGGUCUUAAAGGUAGCAGAAGCUUCACUUACAACUAUGCAGCCUCUGGCUCUGACUGUGGCCUGUCUGACUUGAGUCGCCACAUGACUCUUGGGAGACGCUGCCUCUCUUUAAGGAAACCAAAGGCGAAGCCGUCUCCACCUAAAAGGAGCUCAUCUUUAAGGAAAAUAUGCAGUGAGGGAAGCAUCCCCGAAAAGAAAGAACCAAAGAUUACCUGUGGACAGCAGCUUCCACUGUCUUCCAAGGAGAGGAAACUGCAGAUGAUGUUGUCUGGCUCUCAUAUAGAAAACUCCUCACUAGUCAGAGAGCCCCUCAGGGUCUGGGGGGUUGAGGGCUCGGUCGAUCUACCUGACUUAGGCGUGUUCAGCUCCACAGAUGCACAUUCAUUCAAAGACGAGGGGGUUGUGCAGUCAGACUAUGCAGAUCUCUGGCUCCUGAAUGAUUUAAAAUCCAGCGAUCCUUACCGAUCUUUGUCCAACUCCAGCACAGCGACGGGUACGACUGUUAUCGAAUGCAUCAAGUCGCAGGAAAGCUCUGAGUCUCAGACAUCGCAGUCUGGCUCCAGGGCUACCACACCCUCACUUCCAUCAGUGGAGGGAGAGUUCAAGCUAACAUCUCCAGAGAAACUAGCAGGUCUGGCCAGCCCAUCCAGCGGCUACUCCAGUCAAUCAGAAACCCCCACCUCCUCGUUCCCCUCCGCCUUCUUUCCCGGGCCGCUGUCACCAGCCAGCGGCAAGAGGAAGCCCAAAGUCCCAGAGAGGAAGUCGUCUCUUUCGUCGUUGUCCUGCAGGGAUGGAGCCACCUCCAAGAGAGACCUGGAGUUGCCGAUCAUCCCUCCCUCCCACCUCGACUUAAGUGCCCUUCAUAGUGUCAGCAACAAGGCUUCAGCUUACAGGACUCAGUUACAAUUUCCUCACCAAAAUAAUCAAAAACCUGCAGUGUCAGCCAAACCUGCAGCGCCUCUCAACUCAGAGGUGUUUAACGCCCCCUCCAUGUCCAUCACACCCACUGUGCUGCACUCAGUUCAGCUCCGAUCCAUCAAUAAGGAGCAUGAAGGAAGUCACAAUGACGAAACAUCCUCCAGAUUCAGAUGCCCCACUGUGAACUUAACUAGCACACUUCCCAGCAGUAAAUCAUUAGAGUUGAGGAGUGCACUGUUGCACAACUCACAUCAACAUCACACACCGUCAAAGCAGUCAUGUGAAUCAGUGUUUACAUCAAAUGAAGAGCUUGCAGAUGGAGGAGCAGCAUGUCAGAGUGAGACGAGAGAGGCUCCAGCUCCUCUAGAGAGUAUAACAGCAUUCAGGCUGCAGUGGGAGCCAUCGAUAGACGUCCCUGAGACCACCACUAGUCAUGAAGCAGAGACGCGCAGAGAGUCAGCGGAGACGCCCGACUGCAGCUCGCAGUCCGAGCCUUUACAACCGCAAAGACCUGAGCCAACUGAAGAAGAACUUUGUCCAAUAAAACCAGGUCUUCCCUCUUUUCUGCACAGUUCACCCAAGAGAACCAACAGUCUUGAUAAAGUGCCUGCUACAGACGGUCAGUCAGAGACUCUGCAAGCAAGUCCAAUCAGUAAGGAAGGUAGCAAAGAAGAAUAUGAGUCAUCAGGUGUUUCAGCCGAAAGUGCCUCUCAGGACGGCAGGGAGGAGUCCACGCCAGAGACAGAGGAUUACUUCAGUAAAGACUCUACACCCAGUGACAACACAACAUCCCCGCUGAGUGAUGAGUCAAGGCCAGAGGAUGACAGUGUGUUUCUAUCACCCACCAAAACUCGGACCACUGAGGAUCUGUUUGCGAUGAUACACAGGUCCAAAAGGAAAGUGUUGGGAAGGAAGGAUUCCACCGAGUUGGGCAUUAGAAACCGCGUCAGUGCUGCUUCAGGGAACACACCACCCAGCAGCACUAUGAGCUCCCCGAGCUCAGCGGUGUCACCGCCCCCCGCUGCGACCCCACCGGGCCUGCAGAGAGUCCCCGGGCCCAUCUACAGGAACGCUAAGAAGUCCAGCACCUCCAACGAGGAGUUCAAACUGCUGCUGCUUAAAAAGGGAAGCCGCUCUGACUCUAGUUACCGCAUGUCAGCUACAGAGAUCCUCAAGAGCCCCCUCACUCCCAAAUCUUCAGCAGAUUCCAUGAUGGAGUCACCCAGACAACCCGAAGAGUCCGCCUCCCCCCUACAGCAGCAGCAGGAUCAAUCAGGACCAGAUCAGGUCUCCAGCCCCUACCCCAAAGCCAACACAGAGGGCUUCUCCCUGAAAUCCUUCCAUACGUCUGCUGCCUCCAGGCAGGGCCGCUCCAGAAUCCCCCCGCCCGCCAACAGCAGCCGCUACGGCAUGCGCAGCAGACUGUUCUCAGCGCCCAUGCAGGCGAUCUCAGAGGGCGAGACAGAGAACUCAGACGGGAGCCCUCAUGACGACCGCUCAUCGCAGGGCUCCACGUAAAAAACAGGAUCCACCUCAAACUGUGGUCCAGUACAGAGAGAGAGUAGAAUUGUCAAGAGGUAUGAAAUUAGUUUACAGUUCAAACAAAUGGACCAGAAUAAAUUUUAAUAUAUAUGAGACAUAGUGAGGGCAUUGAAGAGGUUAAUGCGGUAUAUGGAACAUUAGGAUGAACCGUUUUGUUAUAGAAAUAAUGAAUUUACUGAUUGUGGCUGAGUUUCAUAGCUGUUUCCUUUUCAGUUAGUCUGUGGAUACAUUAAACACUUUUACCUGUGUUCAAAAAAAUUAUUUCAUAUAUACAGUAUGUGUAAAAAACCUCCACAUGAAAGGAAACAGAAUCAGAGUAUUUAGAAUCUGCACUCUGUGAAAAAGUAUGAUUUAUGAACAAAAAUGACAAGCAAAAAACAUUUUGCUUGGUUACUUUAAGGCACAUUUUGAACAUAGCUGUGGCUGUUGUCAAGCCAAAGCCAUGUUAGACACAUUCAUGUUUAAUCUUAGCUGUUCUGCUGUCAAAUUUUUUCUCCAGAAGUUAUUAAAAAAAUCCCACAAUUUGACAUUUUCUAUCAGUAUCUUGUGAAAAUAGAAAAAUAUAUUGUAUUUACUGUAUGUAUUCUGUGAAUACCUAUGCAAUUAGACACAAUCUGUACAUUUCCUCAAGGCAGUUUACUGAAUAAUUUUGAUACCCCCAAGUGAACAUCAGGACUAACAGGAGCAAAAAAAAUGUGAAGCCUCAGUGCAUCUAUUCAUAUGGCUGAAAAGCUGUAUUUUGUGUGAUGCUUUUGUGUAUUUUACUUAGUCCUUUUUAAAAGCAUAUAGUAAAUUAUAUCAAAGAUAGCAUAUUAUUACAACAUUUAAAAACUGUCAUGCAAUAAGAAGAGUAAUUAGAGGUGAGACAGGAAAUGUCAAAGCCAAGCACUAACUUGACAAUCGCGGGAGACGGGAAGGGAGCAGGUGCUAACGUGGGAGUCGAAGAAGUGAUUAAAAAGUUGGAGGUUGUGAAACAGGAGAGCAGUAGAAGAACAAGGAGGUCAUAUGUGUUUUAAAAAAAAAAAGAAAAAAGAAAAAAAAAAGAAGUAAUAAUGGUCAUUUCUGGUUUGCUGACAUGGUGUGUUUACGAAUCGUCGAAAGAGGCAAGUGGAAAGUGUUCAGGAGGAUCAAAUAUGCCUUAUUUUACUCUGUUCAACAAGAAGAAAAUAAGUGAUGAAGCAGCUUGGGCCUCAGCAGGUUAAGUGUUGGUGUGUGAUUUUUUUUUAGGUUUUGAUGGUGGAUGUCUGAUUUACAUUUGGAGCCAGGUUAUCAUCUGUAACGAAAAGAUGAAAGUUCUGGAUUUUGCUGGCAUUUGCUGCUAUUUUGUACCAAAUGCUCAUCUAUUUUUUCUCCCCAUCAAAAAUAUAACUCGCCAUGGUCUCAUAUUUUUUCUGUGUUGUAACAAUCUAAAUAUAUUUAUUUUUUUAACUGACACAGAAUAAGUCUACACCAACGUAAAACUGAAAUCUUUACACGAAACUUAUGCAAUGCUUUGCUGGUAUUUUAAAUAGCCUAUUUUAUUCAGAUACUUAUUUUGUUUAUAAGAGACAAAUUUUAAAACGUAUUUGAGACACUGGUUGCAGAGAACAAGUAGGAAAGCAACUCAUAAUUGUCAUUAAAAGAUGGCAUUAGCAGUCAUAAGCUACAAGUGAGGUUUUAGUUGUAACCCUGACACGCUGAGUCUGUUUUUUGUCCCAUGUAUUCACAAUGAUUUUAUAAUAAGUAUACGGUGUUAAUCGCAGCAACCCUUAUGCAAAGUUGACAGAGUCUAUGUAGCCAUAUUGCCCUAUGGGAGUGUAAAUAUCAGCUUGAUUUUGGCCUUAAUAAAUACCACAGAUGGAUGAUUCCUUUCAGUAACUUCAUACAACUCAAAAGACAGCUUUUAUAACUUAAAUAAUCUACAUUAUUUCUAUGACAUAUAACAGGGUACACAAUGGAUUAUGUCUGUGAGCCUUCAUUCCAACUUUUUUUUUUUUUUUUUUUUGCACUGAUAAAGUGACGUUUGUGAAGUUUCAAGUCUCUUGCUGUACCUGGAGAUAUUUAUAGACCUUUACAUGGAGCUGUUUGACUUCCCUUAAACAAUAAUCAUACUCUUGAGUACGCUUUAGGAGUGGAGUAGAUGCUUCUGCCAAAGGCUAGAACGUGUACAUGUUAAUGGCAUCGAACAGUUUCUCUCUUCUCGUUUACUUGACUGAAAUGUUCUUGAAAACAUAAAACCCAAUACUAAAGAAGAAUUACAGUGUAACUUAUGGUACUAGAUGAAUUUCAUUUGGACUUCAGAUCAACCUCUAUACUGUAGCUAUCAGCUUUGUUUUUUUUUUUUUUUUGUACAAACUUGUAAAUAUGAUAACUUUUGGAAUGGUCACAAAGGUUGUUGAAUUGUUUCUUAUGUAAAAAAACAACAUGUUUUCAAAGUUUACAUUAAUUUCAAACCUUUGUACUAUAUUUUUGAGCUGUGGAACACUUUGUCUUGUAUUUAUUUUUUAGUAAGCAUUGUGGAAAUCCCAUAGUAAAUCCUAUCAAAGCCAACUGCUAGCACAAGAGGCUGCUUAGCAAAAGUGUAUGAAAAGACAAAUAAAUGUGACUGCGAUUGAAAAUGACUCUUGGGGUCAGUUGUGAUGUUAAUUUGCUCUUUUUAUCAGCUGCAUAACAAAUCUGUGAAAAUAACAUCUCAUGAUUAAAGUAUAAGUCUAGUGAUAUUCUAUAUUUCUCCCAUUGUCAACAAUUCCCAUGAAAAGACCAAAAGUAUCCUAUGUAUCCAAAGUCUGAUACGGCUUAUCCCUCUGUGCCAUAAAGCUCUUUUUUGUCCAAGAAUGGUUAAAAAUGCAUCAAUGAGCCACACUGUUGUACUGGGUGACAUGUUCCUUCAUUACAAUGAACAAGGCCACUGUAGUUGACUUAAAGACAAAUAAACACCAUCCUGUUGCACCAAA